UCUCAGACCUGUUUUUUUAUUCCUUUGUUACAUAACCAUGAGGUUCUCACUUUCCGGCUACAGCAGCACUCUCACGCUAGCUGCUGGGUCUAUAAGAGCCACAGGAAACACGUCCAGACUGCAGACGGAGUCUACUGAAUCAUCAUGGAUCGGAAAACAGCUCUCAUCGUGUUCGCUCACCAGAAUCCAGCCUCCUUCAACGCGGCGGUCCGGGAUGCCGCGGUCCAGGAGCUGGAGGCUCAGGGAUUUAAGGUCGUGGUGUCUGACCUCUACGCCAUGAAGUUUAGGGCUAGUGCCACUAAGGAUGACAUCAUCGGCGACCUGAAGAAUCCAGACAAGUUUCAGUACGGAGAGGAGACGAUGCUCGCCUGGAAGGACGGCCGUCUCAGUGAGGACAUCAGACAGGAGCAGGAUAAAGUCAAACAGGCAGAUCUUAUCAUCUUCCAGUUUCCUAUGUACUGGUUCAGCGUUCCGGCCAUCCUGAAGGGCUGGAUCGACCGAGUGCUCACCCAAGGGUUCGCCUUCUCGCUCCAGAACAUGUACAGCAACGGGAUUUUCAGGGGUAAAAAGGCCAUGCUGUCCUUCACUACUGGAAGUACACAGUCGAUGUGUAGUCCUGACGGCAUCAACGGGGACAUUAACGUGGUCCUGUGGCCUCUCCAGAAUGGAACUCUGAACUUCUGUGGAUUUCAGGUUCUGGCACCUCAGAUCUUCUGGGGUCCAGGUCAUUGUCCUCCAGACGUACGUGCCAAGCUGCUGGAAGGAUGGCGAGCACGUCUGAAAGGACUGCUGGAGGAAAACCCUUUGACCUUUCCUCCCUGCGAGUUCUUUGACCUGUCUUUUAUGGCGGGAUUCAAGCUUAAGCAAGAGGUGAGGGAAGAGCAAGCAUGUCAACCAUUUGGCAUCAGCACAGGGCAUCAUCUUGGAAAGCCUUUGCCACCUGACAACCAGACUAAAGCUCCGCCCACAGGAAGCAAGAAGUAAAACCUCCUCACCCCCAUCGUCUACACUCAAUGUUCAUUAUAUUAGUACAGAAAGUGAAAUUAGAUGUUUAACAUUUUUUACUUAAAUCACUCUAAAGAUUACUUUAACUAUCAGAACCAGAACCUCGUUGAACCUUGUAAUAGCCUACUGCCUUUGUGUAUUUACCUGUUUUUCUCUAAGUCUAUUCUCUUGGUGUUAAUGAGUGAAUUUCACCACUGUGGGAUCAAUAAAGUCUAUUCUAUCCUA